ACCGGGCGGGGCCAGCGGGACGCGGCGCAGCGCGGCGGCAGCGGCGGCGGCUCGGGCAGGGAUGUGGGUGCCCUGAGCCUGGCAGCGGGGCCCAUGACGGAGCUGGCUUCGCCCACGGGCGAGAACCCCUUCGCCUUCCCGGGCGGCGAGGAGGGCCUGGGGGAUGAGAAGGCGCUGGUGAUCCACAGCCAGGCGGACGAGGAGGCGGAGAAGGAGUUCAAGUGCAUCCUCUGCGGGGAAUGCUUCGGCCAGCAGCCCAGCCUCGCCCGGCACCAGAAGCACCACGCCGGGGAACGCGCCUUCAUCUGCGCCGAGUGCGGCAAAGCCUUCAGCCUCAAGCACAACCUCAUCAUCCACCAGCGCAUCCACACCGGGGAGCGUCCCUACCAGUGCGGCGUCUGCCAGAAGAGCUUCAGCCUCAAGCAGAACCUGCUCACCCACCAGCGCAUCCACAGCGGCGAGAAGCCCUUCUCCUGCCAGCGCUGCGGGAAGCGCUUCCGCGAGCAGCGCUUCCUCCUCAACCACCAGCGCACCCACGCCGAGGACCGGCCCGGCACCGCCGCCGAGGUCCGGCCCGGCGGCAGCCGCUCGCCGGAGCCGAAUGAGGCGACCGGCAGCGCCUUCGCCUGCGCCCAGUGCGGGAAGGGCUUCAGCUGCCGGAGCAGCCUGGCCACGCACCAGCGCAGCCACGGUGGGGAGCGGCCCUUCGCCUGCCCCGACUGCGGCAAAACCUUCAGCCAAAAGGGUUCCCUGAAGAUCCACCGGCGCACCCACGCCGGCGACACCCCCUUCGCCUGCACCCAGUGCGGCGAGAGCUUUGCCCAGAAGGUCAACCUCACCGCGCACCAGCGCGCCCACCACGGGGCCGAGGCCGCUCUCACGGAAUGAUGGCUGCGAACGCCAGCGCGGAGCCGGAUCUCAGCAGCCGCCGGCCACACGUCGUGUUUCGCAGGGAAGGAGCCGUAUCGCCACGCUGCCGGGGAGAGGGGCGCGAAGAGGAGGAGGCAGCGGCUCGCCCCGGCUGCGCCGACAGCCCCCGCCGGCACAGAAACCAUGUGAAAUAAAAAUAAAAUAAAACACAAA